GUCUCGUUUCCAUGGAGACAAACCUCCUUGCCUAGAGCUGGAGGUUGGCGGGCCAGACCUCUGCUACAGGCUAGGGGCGAAAGGAGGAGCCUUGGAGAGGCGCCUGAGCUCCUCGGGGCCUGCGGAGGCCCCCAGCUCCGCUGGCUCCGCCCCCGCUGCACCCACCCACCCUGGGUCGUAGAAAUACUGCUGCAGCCCCGGCCACCGCCCACUGCGCUCGGACCCGGCGGGGACUUGGCCGUACUGUCGCAGCUAACUCGCCUGCCCGCUCACGGUGCCAUGGCUGAGGGUGCCUUUCAACGCAGGCCCUGGGGUCCUGAGCAGAUGCACUCGGAUUCCGACCCCGAGUCCGACGGCCUAUUUGAUAAGCCUCCCCAGGAGGAGCCCUGCGCUGCCCGCGCACCCAAGUCCGCGUCCUCGGCUGGCAAGAAAGCUGGUCGGCGCGCUGGCGGGAAGACUCAGGGGGCCCGCGCUGGGCAGCCCCCUAAGGCCGCCGCGCGCCCCCAGCCCAAGGAGGAGGAGCCUCUCCCGGACGAGGGCUGCUAUCUCGACCACUUCCCGCACCUCUCCAUCUUUAUCUACGCGGCCAUCGCCUUCUCCAUCACCUCCUGCAUCUUCACCUAUAUCCAUUUGCAGCUCGCCUGAGUGGUCAGGGCCGGACGGGGUGGGUGCAGAGCCAGGGGGAGGUUGGGGGAGGGAGGGGAACUGAAAGGCUCAGUCUUUUGUUUUGGAGAGGCGCUGCACACCCCCCCCCCAUGUAGCUUUCGAUGCUGCUUUUCUUCAUUUGUCGCUCUUUGUCUAGCUGUCCAUCAGAAGGUCCAAAGAUGUGCGCAGUGAAAUCGCGGUGCUACUUGCACCAACACAUUGAGUGGUUAGUCCCUAAGGUUUGGAAUUCCUGGAGUGCGAUUGCUCCCCGUUUGUAAUUAAGAUAAUGUUGCUGUACCCUACCACUUUGUGAUGUGCGGGCCGGCUCAGCAAGCCCAGCAUUUUUGUGUUUGUGGAGCGCAGAGCUUGUCCAACCUUCUGCUGCUUAAAGGAUAAACCAGACCCGAACCCGCGGCCUCCCAGAGAGGGUACUGCGGGGGCAGUGGGGGCUCUGGCCAAGAGUGAGCGGGAGCCCUGUGAUGCUGCGUCGCCCCAGGGUGAGCCAGCGGUGCCUCGACUCAGAGUGCACGGAGCUGGCGGACCUGGGAGUGCAGCGGGCAUGGCCGGAGUGCUGGACAAGGUUUUGUUGCUAUCAGGAGGAGCGAGGCCUGUCCACCAGAAAGCUAGGCGCAAGGCGGUUUUUUUGGACUGCGUAAUACAGGAGGCUACAGAUCUCCGGGACGACACAGACUCAGAACUCAUGGGUGCGGCAAAUGAGACUAAGGGUGUUCCUUGGGGGUCUAUACUAGAGAAUUUUGGGUGAUUUCAUUCUGGCCUGGGGCCCAUGUGAAGCUAUGGACGAAGAUGAAGGUCUGAGGAUGGGAAAUGUCAGUAACAAGUGUCCUGCUAGGUAGGGUCUGUCAUCUUAGACUCAUAAAAGCGAAUUCCAGAACCCACCUCUGCAGGUUUUUUGCCUAACCGCUGUUUACUCGUGAAUGUCAACUGUUCAAAUACUGCGCUCCAACCUGCGUAUGCUCUAUGGAAAUGUCUGUAAUUGUGGUAUCUCGGAUGGAAUAAAUCAUUCUUCAGUCUCUAUA